UAGUUGGUGGCAUUUUGAGGGUCCUUCCCUUCAAAGUAAGGAACCUGUGCUUCUAAAGUUCUAACUCUCACGCACUUCUCAUCAACCUUUCUUCUUUAUCUACAUUCACAUUCUCUCUCUCUCUCUCCUUAAAGGAGCACUAACCCACCAUUGAAGUCCCUCUCUCUCCAAAGGCUGCUGUUGCAGAGUUCUUGAAGUUCGAAUGAUGAGGAUCAAGCUCUUCAUCACCUGCUUCAUGCUGGCUUCGGUCGCCUUCUCUCUGCUCUUCAUCCCCGCUAAACUCGCCAUACCCAUCGCCAGAUUCAAGCCCACCAUCGCCUUCAACCUCCAGAGGGCCAACUCCUCGUACCCGGUCACCUUCGCCUACCUGAUCUCGGCGUCCCAAGGCGAUGUCCCGAAGCUCAAGCGUCUGUUGAGGGCGCUGUACCAUCCCGGGAACUACUAUCUCAUCCACAUGGAGUCCGGUGCGCCGGAGCCGGAGCGGCAGGAGGUUGCGAAGUUCGUGUCCGGAGAGCCGGUGUUUGGCUUGGUGGGCAAUGUGUGGGUGGUGGGUAAGCCCAACCUGGUCACCUACCGAGGCCCGACCAUGCUGGGGACGACCCUGCAUGCCAUGGCCAUGCUCUUGAGGACUUGUCGGUGGGACUGGUUCAUCAACCUCAGCGCCUCCGAUUACCCACUGGUGACUCAAGAUGAUUUGAUGCAUGCAUUCUCCGAGUUGCCAAAAGAUGUCAAUUUCAUACAGCACAGCAGUCGUUUGGGUUGGAAAUUCAACAAGAGGGGCAAACCCAUCAUAAUAGAUCCUGGACUUUACAGUACUAAUAAAUCAGAACUGUGGUGGGUCAUCAAACAGAGGACUCUGCCAACUGCCUUUAAGCUUUAUACAGGUUCUGCUUGGAUGGUACUAUCCCGGUCUUUCUCCGAGUACUGCAUUGCUGGCUGGGAAAACCUGCCGAGGACCCUCCUCCUUUAUUAUGCCAACUUCGUCUCCUCCCCUGAGGGCUACUUCCAAACCCUUGUCUGCAACUCUGAGGACUACAAGAACACCACGGCCAACCACGACCUCCACUACAUCUCCUGGGAUACUCCUCCGAAGCAACACCCUCGGUCGCUCGGCCUCAGAGAUUACCGGAAGAUGGUCCUCAGCAACCGGCCCUUCGCCAGGAAGUUCAAGCAGGACGACCCUGUCCUCAACAAGAUCGACCGCGAGCUGCUCAAGAAACGGAGAGGUGAGUUCACUCACGGAGGUUGGUGUUCUGGGAUGACGAAUGGUGGAAAGCCACGGAGGACUUGCUCGAACCUGCAGAGCUUGGACUACGGCGUCAUUCGACCAGGGCCAGGCGCUAGGAGAUUGAAAACCUUGCUGUCGAGGCUUUUGUCGGUUAGGAAUUUCAGUAAGCGGCAAUGUAAAUGAAAACAUCCCUUCUUCCCCUCAAUGAUACAGAGGGGGAGUUAUGAGUUUAUACAGUGAACGCAGCGAGCGGAAAUCGAGAACGUCUAGGCUACUCGUUCUCGGUUGGAUUCGUUCUCGCGUUGAUUCACGGGUAACGAUUGACGCCGCGAAUGACACCUCCAUGUUAGAGUUUGAGGAAGGAGCGGUCCAUGAUUCACGUAUCUUGAAACGUUCGUUUUUCUUUUCAAUCUCAAAAACGGGAAGGCUUGUCUAAGUUGCAAUGCCAUGGACGGUUUUUACAGUGAAUAUGAAAAGGGAAGGUGAUGUGCGCUGCAGGAAGUUAUCUUGUGUGCGCAUCAUCAUUAUCAA